UAAUAAUGCCAUAGACGCUACAUACGAGAUUCUCGUCUGUGAUAAUGAUUUGUUCGGAUCAACUUUGUUUUUCUUCUGUAAUCUGCAAGUAUAAAAGUUUCGUAAGAUUCUACGCGUAAAUAUAGGUACUACUAGUUGUGCAGUUCAGUCAGUUGUGAACGGUAGUUCGAUACAAAAUGUGGAAGGCAGCAGCGGUACUGGGGCUUGUCGCCACAGGAAUUGCUCUUUUCUUAAGUUCCUCGAGCGAAAUUAAAGUACCAAUCUUUUCGGAAACGAACUGGGGGUUAAAAAAAAACACGAAAGAGUCUACUGAGAUACGACCAUUUAAAAUCGAUGUACCAGUAUCGGUUAUUGAGGAUUUGAAAUAUCGCCUCGCGCACAGAAGAACCUAUGUAGAACCGUUGGAAGAUGCUGCUUGGACGUACGGUAUUUCCACUAAGUACCUUAAUACGGUACUUGAUUACUGGAGAGACAAAUAUAAUUGGUCUGAAAGACAAGCCUUGUUGAAUAAGUAUCCUCAAUACAAAACAAAUAUUCAAGGUUUGGAUAUACAUUACUACCAUGUUAAGCCUCCAAAGGACAAAAACUUUAAAGUCUUGCCUUUGCUGUUAUUACAUGGAUGGCCUGGAUCUGUUGUUGAAUUCCAGAAAAUUAUACCUAUGCUAACAAAACCUUGGCCUAAUAAGAACUUCGUAUUUGAGGUCAUUGCACCAUCUCUUCCUGGGUAUGGAUUCUCAGAAGGAGCUGUUCGACAAGGAUUGACCACUUCUCAGAUUGGAAUCAUAUUCAGAAACCUCAUGCAGAGACUUGGCUUUGAAAAGUUUUAUGUUCAAGGAGGUGAUUGGGGAUCUGUUAUUGUUUCUAAUAUGGCUGCUCUUUUCCCAGAAAAGAUAAUUGGCGUGCACAAUAACAUGUGCUCUACAUUGGCACCGAGCAAUUUCUUCUGGUCACUCGUUGGUUCCUAUUUUCCAUCGUUGGUAGGAGCGAGUGAACAUUACUCGAAAUUCUAUCCUUUAAGCAAAGUUAUGUCAAAGAUAGUAGAAGAAACUGGCUACUUCCAUAUACAAGCUACGAAGCCAGAUACUAUAGGAGCUGCACUGACUUCCUCGCCUGAUGGUCUAGCAGCUUACAUUUUAGAAAAGUUCAGUACAUGGACAAAUGCAACAUACAAAAAACAAAACGACGGUGGUCUCACAGAAAAGUUUACGUUAGAUGAACUUUUAGAUAACGUAAUGGUAUACUGGACCACCAACAGCAUUACUACAAGUGUUAGACUAUAUGCUGAAAGCUUUAAUCCAGCAUAUAUGGCCCUGAAAGUUGAACGAUUGCCUGUAAAGGUACCUACAGCUUGUGCAGUAUUCCCUAAUGAACUAUUGAUACAGCCUCAAAGCCUGCUUCAAGACAGAUUUCCUCAGUUAAUUCAGUAUAAUUUCAUGCCACGUGGUGGACACUUUGCAGCCUUUGAGGAACCUAGACUUAUGGCUGAGGACAUUUUCAACUUUGUGGAAAAAGUAGAAGAAUCUAGAAAUAAAAAAGUACAAUAA